GAGUUCGAGUCUCCAGGUUCCCACUCAAACGGUACCUACCCCCCACUACCUCUCUUCCCCACCCAGAAAACCAUGUUCAAGCUCGCCUCUGCGUUCGUUCUCGCUGCCUUCGCCGCUGCCGGUGUGAUGGCUGAGCAACACACGGUUCACUUUUCCAACAACUGCGGGUUCGGCACUCCCACGCUCAUCCAAGGCCCCAACGUUCUCUCGACCGGAGGAGACUUCACUAGCAACGGCCCGCUCAUCAGCGCCAUUGCCUACCUCCAAACGGGCAGCUGUGGCUUCAACGGAGAGGGCUGCACGCUCGUCGAAUUGACGCUGACCAACGGCUUCUCCAGCGCCGAUAUCUCGCUGAUUCCCCCGCAUGCGUUCUCAGUCACCUCGGGCUUCGGGCACCAACCCGAGCUGCCCCACGGCGUUCUUCAACCCCGACGAGACGUUCAAGCAGGUCGGAUGCCCCGCUGCGAACUGCAACCUCGCGAUCACCUUCUGCGAGUGAACGGCGCAAAUCGCGCGAUCCAUACUGUCCCCAAGCCCUCACUCCAUCCAUCAUCUCAUACUGUACUCCGAGUCUACAUCUCUCCAAUGUUCAAACUCGCGCCUGCUUUCGUCCUCGCCGCCCUCGCCGCAACCGGUGUGAUGGCCGAACAACACACUGUGACUGUGGUCAACAACUGUGGAUACGGCACUCCCACCUUCACCAACGCCGGAAAUGUCGUCACUACUGGAGCGUCCUUCCUGUUCAGUCAAGCGACUGCCGUCUACCUCCAAAACGGCAGCUGCGGGCCGAACGGCGAGCGCUGCACGGCGGUCCAUCUCGCGCAGGCCUCCACCUUGGGCUUGAGCUACCGGAUUUCUGUCACUCCCCCCAACGCGUACACGGUCCCCGUUAGCGUCCACUUCUAUAACGGCUGUGAGGGUCAAGGUGCUGAAUGCAAGCAAGGAUCCUUCCUGCCUCGGAAGCGCCUUACGCGGCGAGUGUUUCCUCAAGGACAGCGACCUGCAGAUCACAUUCUGCCCUUCGGGACCUGUGGAUGUGCCAGCGCCCGCUGCGGCUGCCUAAACACGUAGCCUACUUCACUGUACGAAACGCAAUCGAAUCAAAGACUUUGAAAAUCCAGCACUUUCGUGAGGGACUUGCAUCCCGUGGUAGAGU